GCAUUCUUUAUCCUGGGCCAUGAGCGAACUGAAGGACUGCCCCUUACAGUUCCAUGACUUCAAGUCUGUGGACCACCUGAAGGUGUGUCCUCGCUACACAGCUGUGUUGGCUCGCUCUGAAGAUGAUGGCAUUGGCAUCGAGGAGCUGGACACCCUGCAGCUGGAGCUUGAGACACUGCUGUCUUCUGCCAGCCGGCGCCUGCGGGUGCUCGAGGCAGAAACCCAGAUCCUCACAGACUGGCAGGAUAAGAAAGGUGAUCGCCGAUUCCUGAAGCUAGGUCGAGACCAUGAGCUUGGAGCUCCCCCCAAACAUGGAAAGCCCAAGAAGCAGAAACUGGAAGGAAAGGCGGGACACGGGCCAGGCCCUGGUCCUGGGCGACCCAAAUCCAAACAUCUUCAGCCCAAGAUCCAGGAAUAUGAAUUCACUGAUGACCCCAUCGAUGUGCCACGGAUCCCCAAGAAUGAUGCCCCCAACAGAUUCUGGGCUUCAGUGGAGCCCUACUGUGCAGAUAUCACCAGUGAGGAAGUGCGCACACUUGAGGAGCUUCUCAAGCCCCCUGAAGAUGAGGCUGAGCAUUACAAGAUCCCACCUCUAGGAAAGCACUACUCCCAGCGCUGGGCCCAGGAGGAUCUGCUAGAGGAGCAGAAGGAUGGCGCCCGGGCAGCAGCUGUGGCUGACAAGAAGAAAGGCCUUAUGGGGCCACUCUCUGAGCUGGAUACUAAAGACGUGGAUGCCCUACUGAAGAAGUCCGAGGCCCAGCAUGAACAGCCAGAAGAUGGGUGCCCUUUUGGAGCCCUCACCCAGCGCCUUCUGCAGGCCCUUGUAGAGGAAAAUAUUAUUUCCCCCAUGGAGGACUCUCCUAUUCCUGACAUGUCUGGGAAAGAAUCAGGGGCAGAUGGGGCUAGCACCUCUCCCCGCAAUCAGAACAAGCCCUUCAGUGUGCCACAUACGAAGUCCCUAGAAAGCCGUAUCAAAGAGGAGCUGAUCGCCCAGGGCCUCCUGGAGUCGGAGGACCGCCCUGCUGAGGAUUCUGAGGAUGAGGUCCUUGCUGAGCUGCGUAAACGACAGGCUGAACUGAAGGCCCUCAGUGCCCACAACCGCACCAAGAAGCAUGAUCUGCUAAGGCUGGCCAAGGAGGAGGUGAGCCGUCAGGAGCUGAGGCAACGGGUCCGCAUGGCAGACAAUGAGGUCAUGGAUGCCUUCCGCAAGAUCAUGGCUGCCCGGCAGAAGAAGAGGACUCCCACCAAGAAGGAGAAGGACCAGGCCUGGAAGACUUUGAAGGAGCGAGAGAGCAUUCUGAAGCUGCUAGAUGGGUAGCCCUGAGCCCAACCUCAGGCUUCCUGCUGCUCUGCCUGAGAAAGGGAGAAGAGGGAGGCCCACUUCUGUCCUUGCACUGAUGCUGACGGAAGCCACUAGCCGUGGCUGUCCUGUCAAGUGAAACAGUUUCUCUAGAAACUGAGGACUGUGGCCCUUCCCUGAGGUCUUUUGCUCCGAGAGGCCCAGAGGGCUGGGCUGGGUCUCAGGCUCUGUUUUGUCACUCAGAUGAGGGGCCUUAUUUUCUGGGCCUGCCUUUUCCCUUUAGCAUCUCCCACUGCCCUACCUCCUUAUCCUCUUCCCUUCAUGGACUUCUCCCUUGUGGUUUUGUAAAGUGCAAACUGAAGGUUAAAGUGACUGCUGUGGUUUUU